CCGGAUAACAACUUUUAGUCGUUUUCUUCACCGAAAGAAUAUAUGCUGUACGCUGCUCGUUGAGGAUGCAGCCUUUGGUUAUAUUAAGGCUGUAAGCUGCGUUGUGGUGUUGUCCCAUUCUUCCUCCUCUUCUUCACCUGAGUUACCAUUUCAAUCAUCUUGCAAUAUUUUGUCCUUGAGUGAUUGAGAAUCCUCCUGUAUCACUCUUACCACACCUUGUCACCACAACUACAACUUCACAUACACCGUACGACGACUUGCCUCCGUCUACCACAUUUCUUCCACCCCCGUCACUCAACCCAGUUUCUAUCUAUUCAAACAACAUGCCGAUCCGCAAGACCCCAUCUCUAUCCAAACUCAUCAUCCAAUUCAAACUCCCCUUCCCUUCCUUCUCCUACCCACAGUGCACAUCCCCCGGAGAAGAAACCCCUGCCCAAACACCCGACUCGCCAACGAGCCAAACCUCUUCACGGAGGGCUUCUACAAUCUCAUUCAUGAUCAUUACCCCGCUCGCCGAAUACUCCGCCCAAUUUCCCCCCCUAUAUCCUGCCGAGUAUCCCACAGAAACUGUCGUCAACGAGUCCAGCGAAAGCGAUGACGAAAUUGUGGAGGACCUGACGAGCUUGGUAAGCCAGAAGGAAGACGGACAAGGAAAGAGGUGGGAUGAGAAGGGGCGAGAGCCUUUGGGGAGAAAUGCUGUAUGUCCUGGGGCACCCAAGCCGUCUCCUAUAGACUUGCCAAAUGAGUGUACAUGGUCGAAAUGAUAGAGAAUUAUGCUGUAACGAAAGUUGAAACGUGUAAUCGAUAGAGAGUCCAAUAGUGAAAAUAAAGAAUGUUGAAGGAUUGUAUAAUUAGCAUGUUGUUGAAGUAAUUAGUUUGUAGUUUUUGUUGAAGCACAAAGCUGGAAGCGGCUGGGAAAGCCUUAUGUGUAUGUAUCAGACCCUA